GUGGAUUUGAGACACAUGGAUGAGAAAGUAGGCAGCAAUGUUGUGGAUGUUGGAGUCGACUUAUCGGAAUUCUACAUGUCAGUUGAGUGGGAUAUCCUGGAAGUUCCAGCAGUACGAAAUGAAAAAUUUUACACAUGCUGUGAUGAGCCUUAUUUGGAUAUAACGUUUAACAUAACGAUGCGUCGAAAAACAUUAUUUUACACUGUGAACAUCAUCAUUCCAUGUAUGGGUAUAUCGUUCUUAACGGUUUUAACAUUUUAUCUACCUUCAGAUAGUGGAGAAAAGGUGACGUUAUCCAUUUCAAUUUUAAUUAGUCUUCACGUGUUCUUUUUACUGGUUGUAGAAAUUAUACCACCCACAUCGUUAGUUGUUCCAUUGUUGGGGAAAUAUUUAAUAUUUGCUAUGAUUCUUGUUUCAAUUAGUAUAUGUGUAACAGUCGUCGUAUUAAAUGUACAUUUUCGGUCUCCACAAACACAUCGUAUGGCGCCUUGGGUGAAGAGGGUAUUUAUACACAUAUUACCAAGAUUAUUAGUAAUGAGAAGGCCGCAAUAUUCUUUUGAAACAAAUAGUGGUACAACAGGGAGAACGACAGCAAAUCAAGCAGCUGGAAAAAAUAUGGCUGCAUGUUUCUAUCCAUAUCAACCAACGUCGCAGAGUGAUGAUGAUUCUUGUAGUCCAAAACGAUAUUCAAGUCGAACACCCUCGAAAGAAGAUUUGUCACCAGGAAGUUUAGUAGACGGUGGACCUUUUGGUGGAAGUUGUCAAAUUCAUGGACCAGUUGUUGGGGUACCACAUUCAGAAUCUGAAGAUUUAAGUAUGUCAUGCGGAGGAAUUGAUGAUGAAAUCAAAAGUCCAGUUUUAAGAAAUCCAGCUUUUUCACAUUCAAGAUGUCCGCCAGAAAUUCAUAAAUCAUGUUUUUGUGUACGUUUUAUUGCGGAACAUACAAAAAUGUUAGAAGAUUCAACAAAGGUAAAAGAAGAUUGGAAGUAUGUGGCAAUGGUAUUGGAUAGACUAUUUUUAUGGAUAUUCACAUUAGCUGUAUUUGCUGGAACAGCUGGAAUUAUUUUACAAGCACCAACAUUAUACGACGAUCGUAUACCCAUUGAUGAGAAAUUUUCAAAUUUUGGGUGA